CCAUUUUGAAUAGAAAAGCAGAAAGGUUCGGAGUUCGGAAUACAAACAGAGAUGUCAUCGUAUUAUUUAACAUACUAACAUGGAUUAAUUUCAUUCUAACUCUUUACUAAUAUUUAUCAUAGCAUGGGGAUAUUAUAGGCGGCUGAUAAACUAUGCCGUCGGUGCUUUUUUGUUCUAUUUUCCUCGUGGUGGCGGUUGGUCGAGGUUGUUGUUUUGGUGCCCCUCUAGAAAAUCCGUUUCCUUUGGGAACGGUUGGUUGUUUAUUCACAAGACAUCUUUGCAGUACAGAAGAAGAAUGUAUAGAUGAUUUAUUGUUUGGGAACUGUCAGAAAGGAAACAGUUUGAAAGACUACUAUCGUUAUCAACUUAGUCCACAAUACUUAGAAGCCCUAGAGGCCAGAACAUGGGGACUUGUAGACAAGGGGUAUUCAUGGAAAGACCCGUAUACUCAGUGUACGCUACAGAGUGCUCUGUAUGCAUUCCGUCAUCACCAGUCUCCACGUUACAGCAUCUGUGAUGAGUCAGAGACGGAGAGUAAAUCCGAAAAUGUGGAGAGUGAAAUCUCCGCUGUUUUAGAAAAACUUUUUGAACAAUAUUAUGAUGAGUACAAACGUCCUUCGUCUAUACCACAUAGUAAUUUAGGUUUUCCAAGUAAAAGAGAUGAUGAAAUAGUUUAUGUACACAAGUAUUUUGACAAAUCACCUAAACCUUACACUAAAAAAAAUUACUGGUCAAAUUCUAACUACCUCGGAGACAAAAAUGACGUUUAUUAUGAAGACACUCCAGACUCCAGAAUAAGUUUACAAGAUGUCAAAAAUUUGCAACAGUAUUUUCAAGAUUUAGAUGAUUUACAACAAGAGAAAGACGAUAAAUUUUAUACUCCUGAGACAGAAUCUACAUACAACACACAUAACUUGAUCUACGGAGAUGAACUGGGACAGUCUAGUGAAGAAGAUGAUACUAGUGGUGUGUUCAGUGACCUGCCAGAAAAAUACAAAACUAUCCUACAAAGAUUAUUAUCAGGGGAAAUUGGACCGGACAGUUUGACAGAUGAACAGCUGAAUUUCUUAGCAUCUUAUGUCAACUCUCGGCUUAAAGAAUUUGGAGUUUUAGGGAAAACAGACGUGUCAGACAGCCAAGACAAAUCCCUUGAAAGUACAGAAUUUGUCCCAGAGCAGUCAGAGGAAUCCAGACAGGAAGAUGUUAAGAACCUUCAGAUGGCCAUGGAAUCUGCUAUGCAGUCAGCUAAGCAACCUCAGUUAUCUGAGGACAGUCAGACACAACAAGGCGAAGACCAAAUUAAAGAAAUGCUGCUUAAUGAAGAUGAAAGAACCAAGAAGGUCUUGGGAAUUCCAGUUGCUGGUCCAUCCAUGAAGAAGAGUCUCCCCAUGGAUGGUGAUGAAAUCAGAGAAGAUAGCAAUAUAGGUCAACCACUAUUUAGGACAGAUGAAAUGUUCAUGAAGGUGUCUCAACAGUUAGAUACCUAUGAUAUCACAAAGUUAGUGUUGGCUAUCUCCAAUGUUACCAAUGUAUCACCUGAACCAGAAACAGCAUUUAAGGAUAUCAGAGAAGAUAAAAGUAGAAUAUGGUGGAAGGUUGAUCCUGACUACACCAAUGGUAGAGAUGCUGAGGCUGUAGUUAAGGAAGCUGCACCAAAGAAAGAUGAGAUCUUGUCAAGAAGUGGACUAACUGGUGUAGAGAUAUUACAGAUUGGUCUUGGCAAUGGGAACCAGGAUGAGCUGAACGUAAAAGAUGAUCGCUAUUUUGUCCUCACCUUCGUGUUAUGUGGAUGUAUUGCUGGCAUACUAUUGGCUGUUGUCGUCAUUUACCUGAUUCGACGUCACUCACGUUCAAAAGAAAAGUUAGCCCAGCUUGCAACUGUAUCUGAAGGGACAGAAGCUUCAAAGGACUAUCAGGACCUAUGCCGCCAGCGUAUGCAGAGUAAGUCAUCAGAGAAGCCUGAGCCACUCCAUGCAGCCUCCAGAAUCGGCAGUGUGUCAGAGACCCAGGUCAGAAGUCCAUCAAGUCGAAGUAGUACAUCAUCCUGGAGUGAGGAACCGGUCACCUCCAACAUGGACAUCUCUACAGGACACAUUGUUUUGUCUUACAUGGAGGACCAUUUGAAGAACAAGGACAGACUGGAUAGAGAGUGGGAGGCUUUGUGUUCCUAUGAAGCUGACCCAGCCAGUACAAAAGUGGCGAGUGACUCAGCCAACUCAAGAAAAAAUAGAUACAGUGAUAUAUUACCAUAUGACCACUCCAGAGUAGUUCUGUCUAAUGCCAGUAAUAUCACCAGCUCUGACUAUGUCAAUGCUAGCAGUAUUACUGACCAUGAUCCUAGAAAUCCAGCCUAUAUUGCUACACAGGGACCCCUGCCUCAUACAGUGGCAGAUUUCUGGCAGAUGGUAUGGGAACAAGGAAGUGUGAUUAUUGUGAUGUUAUCAAAAUUAACUGAGAAUGGUGAAGCUAUGUGCCAUCGAUACUGGCCAGAGGAAGGCAGUGACUUGUAUCAUAUAUAUGAGGUUCAUCUGGUGUCAGAACAUAUUUGGUGUGAUGACUAUCUGGUUCGUAGUUUCUACCUUAAGAAUCUACAAACUAAUGAAACAAGGACAGUAACCCAGUUCCAUUUCCUGACCUGGCCAGAUAUGGGCGUGCCCAGUUCAAUUAAAGCUCUCUUGGAUUUUAGAAGAAAAGUAAACAAGUCUUACAGAGGCCGUUCCUGUCCUGUUGUAGUACAUUGCAGUGAUGGAUGUGGUAGGACUGGUACCUACUGUCUGGUAGAUAUGGUACUUAAUAGGAUGGCUAAAGGAGCCAAAGAGAUUGAUAUUGCUGCUACACUGGAACAUAUCAGGGAUCAAAGGAUGAACACUGUCAAAACUAAGGAACAAUUCCAGUUUGCAUUGGCAGCAGUAGCUGAGGAAGUCCAUGCCAUAUUAAAGGCACUCCCACAGUGAAGACCUCUCUUCAAUCUGAUUGGUUGAAAAAUUGAUAUUAUAUGUACUGAAAUUACAUAUAACAUUUUGGGUGUGAAUCUCAUGUUGUUUAGUGUCAAAUCAGAAUAAACAUUUUCUCAAAUAAAAUCUUACAGAAUCUUUAUUCUGAGCUUUAAAACUAAAGUUCUGCUAAUUUUGUAUACCAUUUACAAAUUUAAUUUAUUUAUGUCAUUUUUAUUUAUAUUUUAAGGAGUGCCUAGGAAAGUAAAGGUCAAGUUUUAUGAUUUUUAUAUGUUAUAUAUAUAUAUUGUAAUGAAGCUAUAUAUGGGUUACAAUUUACUCUGGCAACAGCAGUCAAGAGUUUUCGGGACUACUAAUGGUUUUAGAAGCAUAGAUUCCACAAUGACAUUUACAAAUAACAUUUUGAGAGUAUAUUCAUGACUUUUAUUCAUGAUGUUUUUAGCAUUAUUAACAAAGUUCAGUCUUCUUGCCUGCAUUUAUGAGAUAUUUAUAGUUUAAAGACAGAUUUAUAUAGUUAUGUUUGUUAAAUUCUAUUUCUAUUUUAUUUUGAAGAUCAUUUUAUUCUAUUCCUAUUUAGUUUUACCUGUGCUGUGAAAGCAGUUGCAAAUAAAGCAAACUAUAUCUUGUUCAUUUCUACAUAGUUGCUGUCUCAAGAUUAUUAAAAAAAAAGAAUAUAUUUUCAGUCAUGUCUUCCUUUACUCUCCUAUGACCUUUUAAAACAACAGAGGUCGUCAAUCUUCCAUAUCAAAGUUUUUUUAAUGGGAUAAAAAAGCACUGUGAAACAAGAUUAAGCACCUGUGAUUUGGCUAAUAAUCUUGAAAAUAUUAAAAGAAAGAAGAAUUUAUUUUCUCUUUCCAAUGUCGAUGUAUAAAAAAAUCAGAAAAAAGAAUUCAUUAUGGACAUAUCUAAGGACAUAUAGCCUUGCUGACAGAGUUAAUAUUGAGACCAUUACUAAAGUAAUUUGAAGAUAUUCUGUCUUAUUGAUUUUUACAUAAAAACAGUACUGUUAAUUUGAAGCCAAGAUUUUAUUGCUUUUUGGAGCUGCUUUAUAGUUCAGGGGAAUUAAAAGUGAUGACAUCAUCUUAUAAGAAUUAAUUUGUUGUAACAAAACCCAAUGAUUUCAGACCUGUUAAUCUUUCAUUUGUAGAAACUUUCAGAUAUUUAGCUAUCAAUUUUAGAAGAAGAUUUAUUUUUCUUCUACCUAUUCCAUGACCAUAAAACUUAUCAUGGCAGAUAAAUCCAUGAACCAGUUUUGAUAUAGGCCAGUGAGUCAUUAAAGGUUAAGAGUGGAAAAUGAAUCUAAUAUUGCAGCCAACAUGCCUAAUUUUAUUUUUUUUAAUUGAAAGAAAAAGGAAUUUAGAAGUUAUUUUUGGCUUUUGUAGUUCAGUUAAAGUUGAAGUCUUUUAAGACAAAGUUUUGCAUUUUUUUUUAUUAUAUUAAAAAUCUCUAAUAUAAGCUUACUUGCUCCAAUAGUUUCCAGUAAAAAAAACAACAUUGAGAACAGCAAUCAAAAUGAAUUGGCUUUGUAAAAAAUGUGCAAAUCAAUACUUAAAACUUGAAUAUGAAAUAAUUUUAUUACAUUAAAACAUAACAUACAUUUGCUUUUUCUAAAACUAUUGAUCAGUAUUAAUUUCAGGAUAUUUAAAACUGAUUCUACACUGAUUGUUCUACACUUACAUAAACCAAACACAACAGGUAUUUUGAGCUGGCUGAUUAAACUUUUAUGAUGAUGAAUUAUUCUUUGUGAAGGAUUUUCAUAUAAUAGUUAUGGAUCUUUUAUUGUCUGUUUCAGAGAUGUUUUAUUACUUUCAAUUAGAAUUCAUCAAACUUUAAGGUUUCAAUAUAUGUGAUAUUUUGUUUUACCAAUGUUUUAUAAGCUUUAAUUUAUUUUCAAGAUUCAGUACACACAGUACUUCUAUAAACAUCUACUUUCAUAUUUAAUGUUUAUAUGUAGACCUUUUCAACCUCUUUUAAAUAUAUAUAUAUAAUUGUAAGGUUUUGAAGAAAAAAAACAAUAAUGCUUGAAUCUUGUUGGACAGAUAUAGUCAGUUUGUCAUAAUCAAAUCGCCUUUCCUUUUGAUAAUUUUAAACUUCAUACACAUAUACCAAAGAUUAAAAAGUAUAAAAUGUAAGCAUGAUAAUAAUUUCGAAACAUACAGAAAUAAAAUAUGCAAAAAAUAUUUUUUGUCAUGAUGUUAAAACUGCAAUUUUAGAUUGUUUAUCCUUUUGUGUAUCUUACAGUUUUAUGCUGUUAUCUACAAAUAAUACAGUUAGAGCAUGGCAGUGCCCUUUACUGAAUCUAGUCAUGUAAUAAACAGCAGAACAUACUGUUUUUGGGGGGACUACAAAGUUAAUGAUGUUAAAUUUUUGUCUUUUUUAUUCUUUCAGGUAAGUUAUUGUUGAAUAUAAAAUCUUUUAAGUAUAUUUCAAAGACCUAUAAAUCAAAGAUGCUUUUACCAAACUAUUAAAUCAUGAACUAACUUUGUUCCAAUUAUAAUAAUCUAUUUUCUUGAUACAAGAAUUGUUUGUUGUAAUCAUAUCCUUAUUAUUAUUUGAACUAUAUAGGUAAUGAGUAUAAAAGAAUAAGAAGGUAGUCAUCAGGGUAUAUUAUGCAACAUAACAACUAAGAGAAUAUAAUAAGGUUAUUAAAGUUUGCAUUUUUAAGGAAGAUGAAUACAGAUUUGAGAAGUAAUGAGACAGAUUUGUAUUUUAUAGAUCGUGGUAUCCAGCCCACAUCUUUGUUUUUAUCACUGUGUUACAUUAUUGUGAUUAAGGCUCAGAACAGCUUGUUAAUUCUCUUAUAUAUUUUAUGAAGUUUUACUGUUAACAGAUAUAUAUUUUUUCUUUCACUUUCUGGUGUACAUCUCAUAUAUUUAUCAAUAAAGGAUUUGAUGUAGUACAAUGUCACAAAUUUUAAAUGAAAAAUGAAGAAGAUGCAGUGAUUGAAUUGCCAACUUAUUCACCGGAAGAGCAUUUCCACAUGUAAAUACGCAUGGCUCUUGAUAAACCUCAGAAUUUAGGUUUAUUUGAGAAAAAAAGCUGCUUAUUAUUUAGAAAAGAUCGGAAGUUGAAUGAGGUUUGUACUUCAUCAUAUCCUUUUUACCAUCUAUGAAUGUUGUACUGUUGAUUGUAGUAGAGGUCAAAUAAAUCGUCAAUGCAAUCUGUA